AUGCCAGACACGUCAUCAUCAGACCAAGGACUACCGGUGUCCUGCCAAUGCAGCUACAUCACAUUCCGGACGCCGCUGAAAGAUCCCGUCCGUUUGGCAUGCUGCCAUUGCACCGCCUGCCAAAAGCAGUCAGCGUCCGCCUUCGGGUCCUCAGCCUUCUAUCCCACCGAGGCCUUCGUGUCCAACCUGCCGCAGGAGGCCAAGGACAGGCUGCAGCUGUUCACCCACCCCACCGACAGCGGCAACACCAUGCACUGCUACUUUUGUCCAAAGUGCGGGGUGCGUCUCUACCAGAGCUCAUGCCAGCCUGAUGGAACGCCGGGAGCUGUGGUGGCGGUCAAGGCUGGCUGUGUGGAGGGCCUGGUUUGGAAAGAUGUGAUCCAUAUCUGGACGAAGAGUGCUGUCGUCUCGAUUCCGGAGGGGGUGGAGCAGUAUGAAAAGGGCCCAUGA